AUGUUGAAGCUAUCAAUACUCUAUGCUCUAUCGAUCGCCCUGUGUUGUGCAACGCCGAGCUGCCAUGAAUUGCACCAAUCACAGUUGGCAUCACUUAAUGAUCGGAUGACACAAAUGAUCAAUUCAUUGUACACCUCACCCAUAUCUGCCAAAACUCAGCCGCCAUCAACGCCCCAAUCGAGUUCGAAUGCCACGCCCAGCGACUACACUUAUGAUACCUCAUACUAUCACUACCCAUAUGUUGCACCACAAGUUAUAUAUGUAUCUCCACCUAUGCCCUAUCUGCCACCUACACCAAAUAUUCCUCUAGCACCCACAAAAGCACCAAGUUACUACCCUCACAUUCCAGAGUAUCCUGAAUUACCUAAGCCAACAUGGUCACAUUAUUACGAUCAGUAUCCAUCUCCUCCUGCUACAUAUCCAUCAGCUCCUGUUCCUUAUCCAUCAUCUCCUCAAUUAGCGCCACCUGCUUCUCCAUAUCCGCCACCCCCUAGCCCUUACUUACCUUCUCCAAUACCUACUCCAUAUCCCCAUUAUUCAUAUUCUUGGGAUAACUAUCCUGAAUAUCCUAAACCAGUGUAUCCGCCCCCUCCCCCGGUAUACCCUCCCGUACCAUCAUAUCCGUCGUUUUAUCCAAGACAACCUGAUAUGCCGCCUUAUUAUGUU